GGCUCUGGUGCACCCAUUCUCUGGUGCGUUUGCUCUCACGCUCUCUCUCUCUCUCUCUCUCUCUCUCUCUCUCUCAAAUAAAAAUAAAACAGAUAAAAUUGGAGAUGUAGGCAAGGUUUUCUUGGGCCAAAUUAAAAAACUUAAUCUUGAGAAAAGGGAGCAAGUGAAUUGUUUCAAAUUAGAAUGAAAUCAGAUUGAAAAAAAAAAUCAGACUUGUGCUUUCAACUUGAGGAUGAACCAACUGGUGGAGAGCAGCAGGCUUACAAGGGCAAGUCAGCUGAGUGGAGGCUGAAGCUAAAGGCGCAGCAGUGGACACAGGUGUACAAACAUUAUCAAGAGGAGAAGGCAGAAUUCGAUGCCACAUUGGAUGUAGGAACUAAGGCAGAUGGUGCUGGGAUGACAUUUGAGUUUCUAAAUUAAGGACAACUGGUAUAAGAAAGGGAAAGUGUGAGAGAAGAGAAUUAGAUUUUGGAUAUGGCAAACUAGGUGCAUAGGUAAGACAUGUCUCUGUGACGUUCUGUGAGCAAAUGGAUACUAUCUGGUACUCCAGAAGUAACUGGGGUGGAGAUGAGAUUAGGAAUGAGAUCACUGAAGCCUUGGGAGUAUAUAAGCUCCACAGAGAAGAGGUGAAGGUCUUAUGUAAGGCCUGUAACAGAACCUGUGGGAUGUGAUUAAGGGAUAGAUGUAAGGACUGGGGGUGUGGUUUCAGUGGUAGAGUGCUUGCUUAGCAUGCAAAGGCCCUCAGUUCAAUAUCCUGAGUACUGCAGCAAACGAAGAAAAAAGUAUAGACGACAAUGAAGGUUUAAUGGAAGAAUGGGAAGAAAAUUAAACUCAGGAUCAAUCAUGGAAAACAUAAAAGGUACCAGACCCAUGGGAGAGUCCCACCAGAUUGCACUUCAUUCUCAAGUUUUGUGGCCAAUGAUGAAUAAAGGGUAUAUGGAACUCAGUACUCUGGAGGUUCUGUAACCAAGAUGUGGAAGUAACAAUAGCUGCUAAGGACAAAAAGAAUGCUGCUUUCUUUACCCUUCUGAAUUUUUUUAGUGGAAGGCUAAGCCCAACAUCCCCAGGCUUUGUGUGACUUAGUAAACAUUUGGAAACAACUAGAUUCACUUUGUUACCCUUGCCUUCAGUGGUUCUUAAGUAGACAGAGACUUCUAAGUAGCAAAGCUCUCCAUGAAACAUGCCCAACCCCACAGGGAAGGGAGACACCUUGGAGACUGCACCAGCCACCCCAGCUUAUCGCUCUGUCAUGGAGGAGUAUGGUUAUGAAGUGGGCAAGGUCAUUGGUCAUGGCUCCUAUGGGACUGUAUAUGAGGCUUACUACACAAAACAGAAGGUCAUGGUGGCUAUCAAGAUCAUCUCAAAGAAGAAGGCUUCUGAUGACUAUCUUAACAAAUUCCUACCCCGGGAGAUACAGGUAAUGAAAAUCUUGCGGCACAAGUACCUCAUCAACUUCUAUCAGGCCAUUGAGACCACAUCCCGAGUAUACAUCAUUUUGGAGCUGGCUCAGGGUGGUGACGUCCUUGAAUGGAUCCAGCGCUAUGGAGCCUGCUCUGAGCCCCUUGCUGGCAAGUGGUUCUCCCAGAUGGCUCUGGGCAUCGCCUAUUUACACAGCAAGAGCAUUGUGCACCGCCUGACCCCCAGCCUUUCUGCUGCUGGUAGGGACUUAAAGUUGGAGAACCUGCUGCUGGACAAGCGGGAGAAUGUGAAGAUAUCGGACUUUGGCUUCGCCAAGAUGGUGCCUUCUAACCAGACCGUACGGAGUAGCCCUUCUUACCGCCAAAUGAACUGCCUUUCCCAACUCAGCCAGACCUACUGUGGCAGUUUUGCUUAUGCCUGCCCAGAGAUCUUGCUAGGCUUGCCCUACAACCCUUUCUUGUCUGACACUUGGAGCAUGGGUGUCAUCCUCUACACUUUAAUGGUUGCUCAUCUGCCCUUUGAUGAUACCAAUCUGAAGAAGCUGCUGAAAGAGACUCAGAAGGUGGUCACAUUCCCAGCAAACGUCACCAUCUCCCAGGAUUGCAAGAACCUGAUCCAUCAGAUGCUACAACAAGCUACCAAGCGUGCUACCAUCCUGGACAUCCUCAAGGAUCCCUGGGUACUCAAGUUCCAGCCUGAGCCACCUACCCAUGAGAUCAGGCUGCUUGAGGCCAUGUGUCAGCCCCCCAGCACUGCUAAUCGUCAUCAGUCUUUGGAAGUCAUGACUUGAAAGUGGUCAAGGCAGGGAGGGGGCUGAGAUGAGCACAGCAGGAGGGGCUGGGUCCAAAAAUAAAUAAAUAAAUAAUUCUGAUAUAGUUUCAUCAGCUAGGGUCAGACAUUCUUUCCUCAAGGGAAUCUUAGUGGGGUACACUACUGAGGGUCAGAGGUUGAUUGGUUAAUUUCUGCCCAACACCUGUAAUCAGUAAUCUUGACACCUGUGUAAAUUAACAGUGAAAUUAAGUGGGGCUCAGUGGGGAGGGAUUCUCAGAAAACCUAACUUUGGGAAGCUUCAUUAUUCUAAGUACUUAGCUGGGGCGAGCCCCCUGUCCUGUAGGAGAAGAAC